CCUGGAGCCGGGCGCCGGGCGCCGGGGGGCCCCGGGACCGAGAUGUGGUGGGUCGGCCGGUGGGCGCCCCUGCUCCUGUGCCUGCUGCAGAGCGCCGCAGGAAGGCCCCGCCUAGCCCCACCCAGAAAUGUGACUCUGCUUUCCCAGAACUUCACUGUGUACCUGACCUGGCUCCCAGGGCUUGGUAGCCCCCCAAACGUGACCUAUUUCGUGAGAUACCAGAGCUUUUCCAGUCCCGGCCAUUGGCAAAAGGUGGAGCGGUGUGCAGGGAUCAAGGCUCUGGUGUGUCCCUUGAUGUGCCUGAAGGGACAGGACCUGUACAACAAGUUCAAAGGUCGAGUGCAGGCGGCUGCUGCUGGGAGAGGCAGGUCCGUACCGGUGGAGUCAGGCUACCUGGAUUACCUUUCUGAAGUGGAGCUAGCCCCGCCCACUCUUGUGCUCACCCACACGGAGGCGAUGCUGAGGGUCAGUGCCACCUACCAGCUGCCGCCUUGCAUGCCUUCGGUGGACCUGAAGUACCAGGUGGAGUUCUGGAAGGAGGGCGUGGGAGACAAGGCCCUGUUUCCUGACACUCCACACGGCCAGCCAGUGCAGAUUCCUCUCCAGCACGGUGCUCUCGGGCGCCACUGCCUCAGCGCCCGAACCGUCUACACCUUCACUGUCCCCAAGUACAGCCUCUUCUCUGAACCCAGCUGCAUCUUCCUCAAGGCCCCAGGGACCAACUGGGCUGUCCUGGCACUGCCCUUCCUUUUGCCUCUGCUGGGAGCAACAGCUGUGGCAGGUGUGAUCUGGAAGAAACUGGAAGGGGACCCCUGGUUUCAGUGGGUGAAGACGCCUCAAGCACUGGAUUUUUCUGAGUACAGCUACCCAAUGGCAACCUUUCAGCCCAGUGGACCCGAGUUCGCAGGUGAUUUGAUCCUCUGUCCCCAGAAGGAACUGACCAUAAGGAUGAGACCAGUCCCCCAGGUCAGAGACCCCACCACACUACAGGCAGGACCAGAAAAGGACGGCAUCGAGGAUGAAGACGAGGACACCGAUGACAGCGACAGCGUCCAACCCUACCUGGACCAGCCCCUCUUCCUGACGAAGAAGCUCCAGGUUACGGGACACACGGAGGCAGAUGAAUCCGGGGUGGACUCAGGGGGCCCUUGGACGCCCCCAGAUGGGAGUGAAGGCUCGUCUGCCUGGGACUCGUCAGACAGGAGCUGGCCCAGCACUGUGGACUCCUCACUCACAGAUGAAGUUGAAUCUUCCGGCUGUUUGGACACGAAGGAAGCAGACCAGGAGCCUGGUGGAGAUGGGCACCCGGAGCCUCUCCGGCGCCUGGAAUUUUCUGAGGACUCAGGCACUGUGGAAGAACUCCUGAAAGAUGACCUCUCCGGGUGGAGGAUUUGGGAUUCCUUACCUCCACCGAAAUUUCUGGUUCCUGGGGAGCCCCCAGUUUCUCUUCAGAUGCUGACUUUCUGCUGGGACAGCAAUCCUGAGGAAGAAGAGGGUGAGGAAGAGGAGAAGGAGGAGGAGGAAGAGGAGGAAGAGGAGAAGGAGGAGGAGAAGGAAGAGGAGGAGGAGUGGGAAUCAGAGCCCAAGGGCAGCAGCGCUGACUGCUGGGGUGCUCCAAGCCUGCAGAGGACAGAGGACAGAUGUAGGAUACUGGGAGACUACAUGGCCAGGUGAGCUGGCCCUGGCGGUCCAUCCAUGCUACCUCUAGUGCACUUUCCAGGGACCAGAGACAUCCCCAAGACUCAUGUUCCUUCCUGAGAUAGCCAAGGUCCUGGCCUUUCCUGGCAAUCACUCACAGGCACUUGGUCACUUGGACUGAGCUGUAACAUGUCACCGUUUCCAAUGACCCGCCUGCUGAAGGUGACCUGUGAGAGGGAUGGAGCUGUGGUCAGGGACUAGCUGAGUUCCAGUCUGCCCACACUGUCCCAGGAUGACAGACCUGGUAAAAACCAUUCUUGGACAGAAUUAAACCGGGGAAGCCAGGUGACCGUGGACACCAAGGAUGGCCACGCUCUGGUCCAGAAGCCAUGCAAGGCACUUCACAAAACAGACCUCGGUCCAAACCCCAACUCUGCGGUUUACCAGUGGUAACCUGAGCAAGCCACUCCUAAUCUCAGUGUCCUCUUCUGCAGCUGUCACAUGGGCAUGGUGAGGAUCAGGCAGUUUCAGGUGAAGUGUCAUUUGUACUGUGUGAGCAUUAGGAUCCGUCAUCUAUCCAGACUCCUGGGAGACCCCAGUCUUCUCUCACCAACGAUGAGUGACAAGAGUGACAAAAACACCUACCUUCCAACCUGUUUACCCUCUGGGUCAUCCCAUUUCUUCCCUGUCACCUUUACACCUUCUAGUCAGGGCCUCCCUGAAACCAAAACCCAACCAACAUUGCGUCUUUCUCAAACACAGCCCACCUUCCAAGACCCAGGUUUGGUGGGGCAGGACAGACAUUGCACGCCUGGCUUGGUGUCCUGUUUGAAUGGCACUGUGACGGUUUUGUUUCCUUUUACCGCUGGGGUCAAGAUGAGGUCCUGGCGUUUGAGAAACUAGUGUCUUUAGGAAUGUUCAGUGUGUGUCCUUGGCCUGCAGGGGAGCAGAGCUGUCACUUGCAGAACCAAAGUCUUUGUGGCUGAGGAUCCAAACAGUCCACGAGUCAGAAAAGAGCCCACAACCGCUUUACCCAUGGUGCUGUGCGGUUUUGAGACAGGCCACGGCCUUACAGAACUCAUCUGAGAAAACACCUUAGGGCGGUGAUUCUCAACCUUCCUCAUACUGUGAACCCCUUUAGACAGUCCCUCCUGUUGUGGUGACCCCCAACCAUAACAUCUUCUCAUUGCUACCUCAUAACUGUAAUUUUGCUACUGCCAGCAACAGUAAUGUUUUCCAAUAGUAGUGUUUUCCAAUGGUCUUAGGUGACCCCUGUGAAAGGGUCAUUUGACCCCCAAAGGGGUUGCAACACACAGACUGAGAAAUGAGGCCUUCCGGGCAUCUGAUCCUCUGGGGCUCCAGGAUCCUCCCCUUCGGCACCCGUAGCCUUGCUGAGGUGGCUUUGCAUAGGACGUGUGUUGAGGGUCCCCAGCUAACAAAAAGUUCUUAAAGCGCUGUCCUCGUUACAUAUCUGCCUUGUUUCCAAGGGCCUCGGGUGCAGCAAGGCGGCUUUUUUAGGUCACCUGACUUAUGUGUGUCCCCAAGAGUCAUCUAACUGACAGGAGGCCUUUGUGACCACCUCUGCGACACACACACCUACCUCCCUGGGUUUCCCUGCAAUGGUGCUUGACAUUAUCAUUGAGCCCACAAGAACAAACGCAUGUGUGAAUAAGGCCUUAGCACAGGACCAGCUCCCGGAAACCGAGGCCGGUGUCCUUUCUCCCAGCCGAGGCCAGUGUCCUUUCUGAGCUGCUCCGCAGUUGCUCUGCCAGAAAUCCUUUGAAGUGAUCGGCAGGCAGCAUUGUCCGUCCUUUCUGAUUGUCUGCCUUAUUGUUUAAAAGAGCGUUCCCCAGUGUUUACUUUCUGAUCUAGCCUGUGCCCUUUAGCCACUCAAAUCCCAGCUCCUUUCAGCCAGCACGUCAUUGACAAAAAGCCUGUGGGAGGCCCAAGGAGAGGGCGUGAUGAUCAACACGGAAGUUCGUGACGUGCGCUGAGCACUUCGCUUACAUAAUAGCCCUGUACGUAGCAUCUGGGGACUACAAGGACAUCAAGGUCAAAAACCCGAGUUGCAGUGGUGUGCGGUUCCAGCACACUGAGGCUGUACACCCUCCUUACACAUUUGUAUUCUUUGUCCAGGUUUUGCACUGUAUUUUAUAUCCUAUUUAAAUGAUACACUAAUAUCUGUUGGUAUGACACCCAAAACCUUUAAAUAAAGAGAUCUAUUUUUAGAGAAAA